CAACCUCUGUUUCUUCCAUGAAUUCUCCAGUUACAUUAUUGUCUUUCAACAUUAAUGAUAUAGGUGAUCAGUUUGACCAAGCUCUUGAAAGAUUGCCAAAAGAUGAACAUGAACAAGUGUUACGAUACAAAUUUGAAAGUGAUCGUCGACAUGCAUUAGUAGGUCGGCUCUUACGACGAUAUUAUUAUUCAAGAAAACUCAAUAUACCAUGGGACAGUCUCAAGUUUUAUCUCCAAAAACAUGGGAAACCAGCAUUGAUACAUCCUCAAGGAAAAUGGACAGAUUUUAAUAUUUCUCAUGAUGGAGAUUGGGUGAUUUUUGGAGCUACAGAAGAACAAGAUAUGUGUAUUGGUGUAGAUGUUGUAUGGAUGAAUCAAACUACUUUUGGAUCUAUCAAUGAUUUUAUCUUUAGUUUCAGUGAUCAGUUAAUGAUAGAAGAACAAGACCUUUUACGACAAAUUGAAAAUGAACAAGAUCGUUUAUUGACAUUUUACCAGAUCUGGGGAGUAAAAGAAAGUUAUAUUAAAGCGAUCGGCAAAGGACUAGGGUUAGAUUUGAAUGAUUUUUGUAUCCAACAGGUUACCUCACGUGUGGAUGUAGGGGGAACUCAAAAAAGAAGAACAACAUUGGAACUCAAGACAAAAGAAAAGAAAAAUCAUUGGUGCAUUUAUUUAGGAUAUUUAGAUUCUCAGUCCAUCAGUACGAUUUGUUAUGGAUCUUCAAAUGCAAAGUCCCCAUUGGACAAUCAUCUCGUGGCACUCGGACAUACAACAUUGGAAUUGGGUGAAAAGUUUGACGAAAAACAUCCAAAAAAUAUAUUUACAAGAAUGGAUUUAUGUAGUUUAUUAUCCUCCUUAGUUUAGUUUUAUGUAUUAAUAAAAAAAAAAUAAAUGAUUUAUACCCAUUA